AUGUUUGUUUUCCUCCUGUUCUCAGCGUAUGUAUUGCACGUGGAGGCCAAUUCGAAUCCCGAGGAAACGGUACAUUUUUUGUUUCGCGGUGGAACAAGUGAAGAUAUUUUGUUGAAAGCUGUACACUGUGAAGCUCGGAAUAACACAGCCGGAUUCCUUUGUACAGUUGUAUACCAAAACAGGGCGAAGGUUUCUUGGGACUAUCCGGAGUUAUGGAUCGCUCCUGUGCGACAUCUACAAAACAUUGCAUACACUAAUUCGAACAUAUCGAUUCAGUUCAUUAAUAUUUUCUGGUCAAAAGCAAUCGUGGGACGUGAUCAAUAUCUCUAUGUGGAUACCUCCCUUUUAACCCAACGAAAUGAGACGGAUAUUUGCAGACGUUUUCUAGACCUU